AAUCUGAUUGGCUCUCUCAAAGUUGACUAUUCGACAAGGGCAGAGCCGAAAACUCUUGGCGGCCAUGAUGAAAUUAUAACUGGCAGUUAUUCUAGAGACCUUGUAUUGAAACAGUGGCAUGUCAUUUUACAAAUCGUCUACGCUUUUUUGUUUUUACUUUGAUUAGGGUAUGGAUCAAGAGGAGAGACAGCGAAAGAUGAAAGCUGGACGAGCGAAGCUUGCUUGCUUUAGAAGUAGUAAAGCCAAGGUUGAAGGCAUGUAUUCACAGAAUGAAGUGUGGAAGAGGAACACCAAUGACCUUCCAGCAGAGGGGGGAGAGCCAAACCAGGGGGAUAUGAUAGAUACACAGGAAGACCCAGAGACUAUUGAUCUGGCUGUGCUAAAGGACAGAUGGCUAACCAGUGCAAUGGAGCAUAGCAUGCUGGGACAUCAGGCAGCUGGCAAUACCUGUGGAAAGGUGGAGGAACUUGAAGCAAUGGUGCCUGAUGGGCACCAGCAGCUACAGGAGCUUCAGUGGGCUAUGCAGAAGCACAGUGAGAUUAUCUUGCAGCUCAGCACCAGCCUGCAGGUGGUCCUGGCAAACCGACAGCAGCUGCAGCAUCAGGCAUUGCAGCUGAGUGACGAAAUCCUUAUCUUACAAGAGCAACUUCAGCAGGCCAGCCAAUUGCUGAUGAGCUGCACUUGCGGCUGUGUGGAGCUCAGCCAGACGCAGGAGCAGGUCUCCCGCUUCCUGCUCCGCCUGCGAGGCCACCAGUGCCAGCUAGAUGGGCUGCAACAGCAGCUAGAGGAAACCCAUCAGAGUACUAGAGACCAGCAGCAGCUUCUCACGCAGAAGGAUGGCAUAAUCUCAGAGCUGGGGGAGAAGCUGGCUGAUGCAGAGAAGGCUUUGUCACUUUUGAACCAGGAGCUAGUGGAGCUCCGGCAGAGCACCUGUAUGGCUGAUGAGGGCUGCUGCUGGGAUGCAGAGCUGCAUAUGUUGAUGUCGGAGCUGCAGAAGGGACGAGGCGACUGCCUUCGGGAGACGUGGCACACCGCAAAUCUCCCUAAAGCCUCUGGGAAGGAGCAAAGUGGACUGAAGGAGCAGCUGGCUUCUGAGCAGCCUGCAGUGUGGGCCCACAAGACGCAGCAAUGCCCGACUAAGACUCAAGAGCUGCACACAGAGAUUUUUCGGCUGAGCAUCUUAAUCCUGGAUCUCCAGCAAAAGCUGGAGCAAGAGGAACAGUCAGGCCAGGAUCUUAAGUUCACAACAGGCAGAUCAAAUGGUGGAUUGCAGCUGCGGGUGCUAGGUGAGGAAGGGGCGAUUGAUGUUGCUAACUUGGAUGGGGCUCAUGAGACUGCCUUGCAGUGCCUGAGAGAGGAACAUAGGGACAGUAUUAAAAAGCUUAAGGAACAGUUGACAGCUCUUCUAUGCUACAGAGAUGAAUUUUGCCAGACUGCCUUAGAGGGCCCAGCACCAAUCCCCCGUGUAAAGUCAGGCAAGACCCGCGUAGCUAUGGAAAUGGCCACUGGUUGUGACAGAGAUCCAGUACAGGAAAUCCUGGGGUCGUCUUCCAGUGAGAACCAUCUGAUGGAGAAGUAUCUUUUCAUCUCAGAGAAAUGGGAUUCUUCCUGUUUGGAGAGAAGCAAUGAUGGACUGAACCUUCUAGAGCAGGUUGGGAAUUACAGAUUUGAGUUUGGCAGUGAGCUAGAACUUGAGAGGUCGAAGUCUGUAAACUCUGAUCUAGAGCACACUGAACAAGAUCAUGAUGACCAAAGUCUAAUUCCAGAAGCUGGGGGAAGAUACGUCAGCUCAGCUAUGCAUGAUCCUUCUUUGCGCAGGCUGUCAGAAGACUCUGAAGCUGUUGAUUUGGGAAAAGUUCUGAUCAUGCAGCAGUGCAGGGAUUUGAAUGAACAACUUGCAAAACGAGAUGAGCAGCUUCGCGCUUUGCAAGAGGAACUACGAAAGUCAGCAGUAGAGGUUCAAGAAGCUUUGCAGAAGUGGAGCAGUGUCACAGAAACUCUGUACUCUGUGCAGUGUGAACUGGAAGAAGAGAGGAAACGGAGGAUCCGCUACCAGGACCACUUGAGGAAUGAACUCUACUCCCUUGGGAACCAUUCAGAACUUGACAGAGAUGUGGGCAACCUGAUCCAGAAGCAGAAAUGGCCUGGUGUCUCUCUCACCAGUGAUGUUCGCAUACUUUUUGGUCACCAACCUGCUACCCUACAAAUGCAAAAUAAUGAGCUUCAAACCCAGAUAGACAUGGAUAUGGCUAAGAAUCAGACUGUUUCUGAGUCCCUUGCACAGAAGACACUAGUCUCCAUUGAAAAUGGUCUUCAUCUCCAAACAGAACUGGAGAAAUGUAGAGUUUAUAAGGCUACAAAGGAGAAAGCAGAGCUGGAGUCUCAGCUGCUUUGCCUUCAGCAGAAUUUGGCUAAUACGGAGACGUCUCUUGGCCAACGUUCCAAGGAAAAGAUGGCUCAGGAGCAAUGCCUAAUGGGAUUGGAGUUCAAAGCUAACAAUAUGGAGAGCAUCAUGGUGUCUCACUCUGAAGAGUAUAAUAGUCAGCUCAAGGAAAAGACAUCUGAUCUGGAAGUGCUUGAAGAGGGCAGAAUGACUGAGGAGAAACAUCAGCAGAAGGAAGCAGAGUUAGUCCGCAGGAAGUGUCUGAGAGAGCAGGAGCAGCUGUACAAGGAAACUCUGGAGAAGUUUUGCAGCUCACACCAGGAGGAGAGACUAAGUCUGGAACAGAAACACCAGCAAGUAGUAAAGAAGCUGCAUGAAGAAAUGGAGAGCAAGCCACAAGAACUGAGGCACACAAUGGAGAAGAGACAGAGAGAGCAAAUCAUGCUCAUCAAAAAGGCCCAUGUGCGGAAACAUGAGAGGGAGUGGGUGGAGCUGGCCUGCAGACAGGAGGCGGAGUUGAGCCACCUGUGGGCAGAGCUCAGCACUGAGCUGCAAGAAAGCCUGGAAGCUGCACACCAGGCAGAGUUGCUCCUGGCACAGCAGGAGCAGCACGGUCUGGAAUUGGAGGCCCUGUGGCUGAGCCUAGGUGAGCAGCAAGUGGCCCAACUGGAGCGGACUCAGGAUGACCAACAGCAUGAUAGUGUGGUGGUGCUCAGUGAGCUGCAGGCUAGCCUGUGUGCUCGCUGGGCUCAGGAGAGCACCUUGCUGCAGACAUGUCACCAGAGGGAGCUGGUAGCCACUGGCGAGGAUCACCAGCAGGAGCUGGAGGGGAUGAAAUGGGCGUGGGAGGCCAAGCUGUCCAAGCAGGAGGCUCUGCUGGAGAAGCAACACACCACUGAGAUGGAGGCCUUGAAGCAGAAUGAGGACAGGGCCAGGGUUGAGCUUCAGACCUCCCUGCAUGACCUGUUGGCAUCCCGGGAGCAGGAAUUUGCAGAGAAAGAGCAAUGUCUGCAGCAGCAGGUGUUUCUGAAGUCUGGCCUGGAGCAGAAGCUUCCCCGGUUGGGAGAGCUGAAGGUCCUGCCUCUAGCUUGCUCCUCCUGUGUGGAGGUUGUGGUGAACCUGAAGCAGGAGUUUGCUCAGCAGUGUGAAGCCAUCCAGACACACAACAAACAGGAACUGAAGAACCUGUGCAUCAGUUUUGAAAAGCAUCUCCGCACCACAGAGGAUAGCUACCAGGAGGAGAUGGCUAUGCUCCAGCUUAGGCUGUUGCAGCAAGCCGCUUCUUCAUGUGGCAGCGUCGACUCUGAUGGGACGCUGGAGGAGAAGGACCCCAUGCUGGGAAAUACCACCACUACCACCAGCAAGCUGAAGCAGGAUUUUGAACCGGGUGUGGAAGAAGGAGCUCAUGGGGAAGAGCGGAAGAAUGCAGAGUGCCAUCUCGUCCAGCAAGAGGACCUACAGAAGGAUGCUGCAGAGGAGCCUUGGGUCCAGGAGCAACACUUGGAGAAAGAAUGGACCGGACAUGCCCUGCAAGACCAGCUUGAUGAUGAGUACAGUCUGCAGAUCUCUGCCAUAGCACAGAAAAUCUUUGGCCAGCUGCAGAGUGAGCGAAAAAACAUGAUGCAGAAGGUGAAGAAGCAUGUGUCUCUUCGUGAGAAGCAGACAGAGGCCAGAUUGAAGGAAGAGCAGAGACAGCUAGCCCAGCAGUGUGAGCAUGACCUCAGUCGUCUGAGGAAGACUCACAGGGAGGAGUUGGAGGUGUUGAGGUCUCUGCUGGAGAUGUACGUGCUUAGAAUGGAACAGCUGGAACCCAGGCUUUGUAUCAGACUUAAGGGAGAGCUUGAGUUGCUGGAGGUUGACGUGAGUAGCAAACACCAGGUGGAGCUUGAGUCCCUAGAGACGAUUCUGCAAGAACCAAACAUGGUUCAGUUGGAAACAUGUGAGGCAGAGCUACAUGCUGAACAUUGGAGAGAGGAGGAGGUGCAAGGCAGACUGCUGUCUAACAUGGAGGCGCUGGAGUCAAUCUGUUGUGAGAAGGAGGCCAUGCUGCACGUGGAGAGGAGCAGCCAUGUGGCCAAGCUGGAGGAGCUUAGGCGACAGUUGGCCCAGGCCUACAUGGAAAAGUUUACCGGCAUGGCAGUGGAGCUGGGCCAGGCUCAUAAAGUCGAGCUGGCAGGGUCCCUGGCUUCCCAGCGACAGGCCCUGGAGGAGGAGUGUGUUGCAGCUCUGGGGGUGCUGCAGCAGGAAGUGCUUGCCCUGGAGAACCAGCAUAGCACCACCCUUCAGGAGCUGAGGCAGCAGGCAGAGGUACAAGCCCCACGGGCACAGCAGCAGCUGCAGGAGCUUAGUGGUGAAUCAGCCCAUGAGCUGGAGGCCCUCCACAGGGAGCUGGAGGAAGCGAGGCGUCAGAAGGAGCGUUUCCAGGUGGAGAUGGAAGUGUUACAGUCCCAGGCACAGGAGCAGAAGCUGCUGGUCUCUCAGCUGGAGAGGCAGCUGAGCAAAGAGCACCAGCAAAGCCAUCAGCCACAGCAGGAGGUGGACCUGGAGCUUUCACAGCUACGUGUGCAGAUUUCCAACCUGAAGGGGGAGUUGGAGGGCAGGUGUUCAGAGAUAGCCAUGCUGGAGACCCUUCUGCAGCGCCAUGAGAGGGAAAACCAGGAGGGCUGUCAUUUGUUGGCUAUGCUGAGGGCAGACCUAAAUGUGGCUGCUGAGGACAGCUGUGUAAACUACAGGAAGGGCCUGCAGGAGGUGCAGGAGCGGCUGCUGAAAUUGCUGCUGGAUGUCUUGAGAAGCAUUGUAGCCACGGAGGACCUGAUCAACCAGAGUAUCAAUAAGGGAAAACCUGGAUCGAGCCCAGUAAAGGGAGAGGAUUCUGAAAGCUGUGACUCUGGGCCAGAUAGUUGUCUGUGGUCCACACUGACUGAGGGUGGCCUGGAAUUUUCCCUUCUCUGUGGUCCUGAACAGCUUGUACUGGAAGCCUGUGUCCGGCUACGCUUAGCAGUGGGCAGGCUGCUGGAACUGAUGGCACAGUCUGACAGAGUGGCAGUCCAGUCCUGUCAUGGCAAAGAUGAUACAGCCCAGCUGAUCCUUCUACACCAGCAAUUGUUGGAACAACUGGAUCUGGAGGCCAUUGUGAAGAAGCAAAUGGAGCUGGAGCUGCACAAGGCAGAGGGGCUGAUGGAGGGUUAUGUGGUGGAGAAGGCCACCCUGGAGGAGAGUCUGCAGCAGAAGGAGAGCCAAGAGCAGAAGCUGGUGGAGGAGCUGGAGGCUAUGCAGCUUCAUCUGCUGGAGCUCAGUGAGGAGAAUGGCCUGCUACUGCGGCAGAGAGAUGCCCUCAGCGGUGUCCUAGGGGAGCCGGAGAGAGCAGGUCUUCUUGACGAGACUCUGCGCUUGGCUCAGGAAAAGCUGGAUGUUCAGCGACAGGCAGAGAAAGACCAUGGUGGACUGGUGUCACAGCUCCGCCGUCUGGAGACUGAGCUGGAGGAGCAGACAAACUGCAACAUGGAGCUGGAGCAGCAGCAACAGGCCCAAAAUGAGGACCUCUUGCAGCAAAUCCAGGCUCUGGAAAAACAACUGAAGCAUCAUCGACAUUUCAUUGAUUGCCAGGCAAUGGAAAGGGAGCAUGAGAGAGAAGAGUUCCAGCAGGAGAUCCGCAAACUGGAGGCACACUUGAAGCAGCAGAACCGGGGCUGUGCUGGGGAUGACUAUGCUGGACGCAAGGUGGAGGAUUUGUCUCAGCAGGUCGAGAGCCUGCAAGCGUCUAUGAAGGAGAAGCUGGAUGAUUAUAGCACUCUGCUGCUGGUGAAGCAGAAGUACCAGUGCGAGGUCGCUGAGCAAAGCGAGGAAAUCGACAGGAUGGCUGGCUGCAUGCAAGAGCUGGAGCAGGAGUUGGACAGGGCCAGGAGGGCCCAGCUGGAGCUGCUGCAGGACAAGGACGCCCUUCAACAGCAGCAGUACUCGCAAUGUAUGCAGAUAUCUGCGCUGCAGUCUACGGUUGACGAGGCCCGACAUCGGCUGCCUGAUGCUACGCCAGACCCUGAGCUACAGGCGGAGCUAGAGGCUGUACAACAGGACUUGUUGAGCAAGGAGACACAGGUGCAAAUGCUGUCGGGGCAGUUGGAGGUGUUGCAGAGGGAGUUGACAGUGAAGGAUGAGGAGGUCUCUCAGCUGAAUCUACAGCUGGAUCAGUUCACUAAGCAGAGCUCCGCCUGCACUGUGCAGCUGCAGUGCGAGGUCACAGCCUUGCAGGUGAGCUCCCUGCACAGGGAAGACAGAGGGGACAACAAAGCCACAUCUUCACUGCAGCUUCCUUUGGAUCUGCUAGUGGAGAAGAAUCAGGACACUGACCACCUGAACCAGCAGAUUCAUCAGCUUCAACAGGAAGUGGGCAUGUCUCAGGAUAGCAAGAUGGAGGUACAGCUGGAAGAGCUACGGUCCCUGAUUGAUCAUCUCCGCAAUGAACAGCAGCACCUGCGUCGGCAACAUGAGGAGGAGGAGGAGCAGCUGCACGGGGUCAUCCAUAAGCUGCGGGAGGAGCUAACACAGCUGGGACCCAGCUGUCUGGAGGUGGGCGAACUCCAAGAAAAGUACAGAACCCUGGCAGUGGGCUGUCACACUUCCAGCCAUGACCUGCAGAGCCAACUGAACCUGAUGCACAGCGAGAAGGAAGCUCUGCAGCUCCUGCUCCGCAGCCAGGGGGAGACCUUCAGGAGCCAGUUAGAGAGCUUGGGUCACAGCCUGAAGGAGGAGCAGCAGUUAGCAGGGAAGAAGGAUGAGGUUGCCUUCCUCAAGGAGAGUCUGUCCCAGCCACAGGUGCAGGUAGAGCAGCUCAGCGCUUCUUUGCAGGAGCUGGAGGAGCAUCAGGGACAGGAGAAGCUGUCCGUGGUGGAAAAGGAGGAGCUGACGGCAGAGUGUCAGGAACUGAAGCAGCGUGAGGGCUGGCUGCAAGAGGAAGUAGAACAUCUGAAACAGGAAGUGGUUUUGGCUGGUGCGCAGAUUCAGGAGUUGAACUCCCAGCUCGAAGCUGGGGAGGUGGGGUACGCAGAAGCUCACAGAGACGUUCUGACGUAUGCAGAAACAACCCUUGCCAAGGCGGAGGGUGUGCUGCGAGACAAGGGGGCAGAGCUGGAGGCCCUGAGGGUGGAGCUUGCUGCUGUCAAAGAGGCUCUGAGUUCCAGCACUGACAGGGUGGAGAAGCUGCUGGAGGAAGGCCAGAUGAAGGAUACAGCUCUGACUGAGCUACAUAUUGUCAAUGAACAGCUGAAGGCUGAGCUCAGGGGCCUGCGGGGGAAGUGGCAGCUGCAGGAGCUGCAUGGGCAGUAUGACCUGCAGGCUAUGCCGUCGUACUCACAGGAAGCAGCAGCAGGAGGCAGCCUCCCAUUGCUGUCCACAGGGGUGUCUGUCCGUUCCCCUGAGCAUCUACGGUGUCAAGACCGCAGCAUGAGUCAUGGUUCGCGCCUGUCAGACUGCAGCAGCCUGGAGCUGUGCAGCAAGGAGCCCUCGUUGCCCCCAGAGAGCCUGCAGAUGGACACAGAGCUGCUAGGCAGCUGCUCGCCAGGGCCCCUGUCUGAUUCCAACACAGUCUCCAUGAUGGAGACUCUGCAUUUGGAGCAGGUGGAGGGGCUGCUGCACCUGGAUCUGACCCCCCCCAGCACCCCCGGUGGCCUGGUGGACUUUACCAGUGAUGGCUAUGGCAGCAAUAUGAGGUCAGAGCUUGGUGCUAGGCUCCAGAUGGAGCUGGAGGCCACAGAGCGCCUAGAUGCCAACUUCCUGGAGUACCUGCGACAACGUGGCUUGACCGUGGCAGACAGUGUGGUCGCCAGCAUCAAGCUGCUUUCACCAGAGGUGCAGGGCCUGUUGAAAAAGUUGAAUCAGGAGGCCUGCCUGGUGCUGGCCCUCUCUCAGCGCCCAUGUGCUGAUGCAGUACUCCCAGGAUGGCAGGGAGAGAAGCGCGCUCUACAGGAAACAGUUCUGUCCCUCAGAGAGCUGCUGUGUAGGAUAGCUGAAAAUGGGCCCAAGGGUCAGAGCAACGAAGCUGACUGGCGUGCAGAGCUAAUCCGAGCAGUGAGCACCAUGUUAGCCAGUGAGUGGCACUGGUUGCGCUCGGAACUGACCACCAUUAUGGCUGCCCAUGUGGCCUUGGAUUCUGAUCCUCUCACAGACCACUUGGAGCAGCUGCUCAAACAGCAGGAUGAGCACCAGCGGUCAUCACUGCAGCAGCUACUGUCUGCAGAGCGCCGUAGCCUCCUCUCUGAGCUGCAGAGCCUGCAGGCUCAGCUACGCAUUGCAGGUCUGCAGAAUCAGGAGCAGCUGCAGCAGCUGCAGAACUGUCUGAGUGCUGCACAGGGGGACGGAAGCCAGCUGCGCAGACAAGUGGAGCUGCUGGAGUUUCGGCUGCAGCAGGAGCAAGUUCUAGUGCAGAAGCUGCGCAGUUCCCUGUCUCUGGAGCAGGAUAUUGCAGCCCAGCUGAGGACAGAACUAGAGCAGAAACAUACCCUACUUGAAACCACUGCCAGUAGCCAGCAGGAGCUGCACAGCGAAACCUGCAGGCUGAGGGUGCAGCUGGAGAGCCAGGCCGUCGUGUGCCUGUCCUGGGAGGAUAAGGCAAAGCAUGAAAAAACCAAGGUGCAGGAGCUACAGCAGCAAGUCCAGCAUGGACAGGCUAAGGUGCAAGAUUUCCAAGAGGAGGUGCAACUUGGACAGGCCAAGGUGCGGGAGCUCCAGGAGGAGGUGCAAUAUGGACAAUCCAAGGUGCGGGAGCUCCAAGAGGAGGUGCAGCGUGGACAGGCCAAGGUGCGGGAGCUCCAAGAGGAGGUGCAGCGUGGACAGGCCAAGGUGCGGGAGCUCCAAGAGGAGGUGCAGCGUGGACAGGCCAAGGUGCAGGAACUCCAGCAGGAGGUGCAGCGUAAACAAGCCAAGGUGUGGGAGGUCCAGCAGGUGGUGCACAGGGAGCAGCAAUGCAGUCAACACACACAUGUGGCACAGAAUCAGGUGGUACUUCAGCAUGCCCUGGAACAGGAGCGCGUACAGUGCAGCAACCUCCGCAAGGAGCUCCAGAUCGAGAUUUCCCGUUGCGAGGCACUGAUUUUGCAGGAGAGCAGAAGAGCCAGUCAGGCAGUACAGCAGCUGGAGGAACUGACCAACUCAUUCACUCAGGAGAAGCAGGAUCUCACCGUGAAGCUGGAGGAGGCGUGUUCUCUCUCUGCUCAGCUGACUGCCUCCCUCACGCAAGAGAAGAGAGAGAAGCAGGAUCUCACCCUGAAGCUGGAGGAGGCAAGUUCUUAUAGUGCUCGGCUGACCGCCUCCCUCACUCAGAAGAAGCAGGAAAAGCAGGAUCUCAAGCUGAAGCUGGAGAAGCAGCAGGGUUUCCAUGACAGACAGCAGCUAGGCUCCGACAAGCAGGAGCUGCGGGAAGAGAAAAGGGACUGGCAGAACCAGCAGGAGCGGAGGCAUCAGAGGCUGCUGGAGCUGGAGGAGCAGCGCAUCAACCACGUUCAACAAACGCUCCAAGAAUUGCAGGGGAUGUCAAGCCAUGCAACUGCCUAUCCACAGAGCCAGCAGCAGCAGCUCCAAAUUAGCCAGCAGCAGCUGCAGUUGGCCAGGGUUCGAGUGACCAGCCUCCUUCACAGAGCCCACACCAGCUGCGACAAUGGGUGGCUGCAGCAGAAACACGGCUUGCAGGAGCUGCUCUGCACUUUGGCUGACUUGGAGCAGGACCUGCAGCAGCUGAACUCCCAGGGGCUGUCUGCGGAGAAGGCUUGGCACACUGAAUGGGCAUCCCUGCCAGAGGUGGUUGGCCCUGUGAUAGUCACUGACUGUGCAAAGCUCAGGGCACAGGUCCAGCGGCUCUAUUUGAAGUACCUGCGGGCUGAGAGCUUCCGCAAGGCACUCGUCUACCAGAAAAAGUACCUGCUGCUGCAGCUAGGGGGCUUCCAGGACUCCGAGCUGGCCACCCUGUCCCUCAUCGGCCUCAUGGGUGCAUGCCCCUCCCCUGCUGCUUUCAAGACCCGCCCCACUAAUCGCUUUAGGACCACUGUCUGUGUGAUAAUCGCCAUUUCACGGCUCCGUUUUCUGGUCAGGAAAUGGCACAAGUCCGUCACAAGGGGGGCAAUGAAUCCGGCCUCAAACGGACAUGGACCCAGCGUCAGCAGUACUACCCGCGCAGCUUUACCAGUGCGGCGACAGCCAAGUGGCAUCUGUUUCCCACCCACACACAAGCAUGGCCCUGGCCAGAGGAUGGCACUUUCUCCUGUCUUUCCUCCUGCAACAUCAGCCUUUAAUCUUCAGCACAGGCCACCCCCAUACCCGGACCCAGAGCACUCGCUCAGCGAGUACAUCCAGCACCUGGAGGCUGUACAGCAGCGCCUGGGAGCCGUUCAGAAAGGCUCAACGGUUGCUGUUUCAUUCCUUGCAUCUCCCCGGCAAUCUGAUCCAUAGUGGCAGUCUGCUUCAGCAUUUUAUGUUUCUCCAUUAAUCGUAUGAGGAUUAUACUUAUGCUCAUGUACCAACCUCAACAUGAACGUCACUUAUUCACCUGAUUCAUUGUAGUUUGUUGAAGUGCUAUUUUUAAUGGGAUUCUUCUAAUGUUCUGUAAGCAUUGGCACAGUUUGACAUUUGUGGUCAUUUAAGAAUAUUCUUCACUGGAAGCAAUGCUGGAAAAAGUCACUUAAAAUGCACACGUGAACACAGGCCUGUUUAAAUGACAGCAUUUAUUAAAUUAUUUUAAUCUGG